AGUUGAGUGUUUGACUGGCUGGGGUUGAGAGUGGAAGCGAGAAAGUACUGCGUGUUUACAUUAAGGUUAACGAACUGCUGGGCUAAUUUCCUUGUCAUCAAGUUUUAAAUUGAUAUUAUACUGUAACAUUUGGAGAUGUCAGCAAAGGAAUCGGUGAGUUUGGGCAGAGAAAUUCCUGCAACUAGACGAGUUAUUCUGCACGAUGCUGCCCACAUGCCAAAUGAUUACAGUUCAACCCCAGGUGGAACCAUUUUCUCCACCACUCCAGGAGGGACUAGAAUAGUAUAUGAUAGAGCAUUCCUAUUGCAAUGUCGAAACUCCCCACUAACUAAAAGUCCUCCACCAAACAUGGCAAAAAUUCCUGGAGUAACCACGCCAGCAGAAAAAGGAUCGCCAAAAGUCAACGGAAAUCCAGAAUGCAAAACCGUUGCUGAAAAGCCAGAAAAUCCAGGUGAUGAGCCUCAGUUUGAAAUGGACAUAUAAAUCACUACCCAGAAAGUCUUUCAUUUUCUGUAAAACCAAUAAAUAAUAAUAAUGUGUAGUGAUUUAUAUAAACUUUGCGAAGUACCAUAAUUAUGGUAAUGGAACCAUUUCAACAAACUUCAUUGGAUAUCUGGUGAUGAGAUGGCCAAUCAAAAGGUUUCUAUCAAGUCACAGUAUUCUCAGGAUUCAAUUGGUCAGUUGCUUGGCAACCAAACUUUUAUUAAUAUCUUUGUGAUAUAUUUUGACAGAAAAUUAGAAAUUUCGAGAAAUGUUUUAUUUUGUUAAUUUUCUGUCAUGAUUUGACUUCAAUGACAAUUUGUGAAUGUUAUGGAUCAUUCUUCCUAUAUAUGACCGAUGUUUAAAAAUAAUAGUGUGCCAUUGAAUGACAGUUUUAGCCUUGUUUUUAGCCCAAUAUUGUUAUAUUUUCUUAUUCUGUUGAAAUUUAAGAUUUGACAUCAAUUAAAGCCACUUUUACCUAUUUUAUACAAGUGAAUCAGUUAAAACUGAGAUUAAUUACAUUUGUUUUUUAAAGAAUAAUUUUCAGUUUUGAAAUUGUUAGUGAAUGUCUAAUUACAAAAUAGGUUUAAAGGAAUUGUGACAUGUAUUUCUAUCUUUACAAGGACAAUAUUAAUGGUAUUGCCAAGCCUAAUUCUGGUUUUCCUACUGCUAGACUGUGUUAUUUGUUGAAAACAGAACAGUGAGGUCUCGAAAUCUGAUAUUACUUACUUACUUACUUACUCAGGUGACACCAUUCUCAGAAUAUUAUUCUUUUGAAAUAGGCUUGGUUUUCCCUUAAUAUAUUUUAUUUACAUUGUGUUUAAAUAUACAGGGUGAGGGGUAUCAAGAAAUACUGGUAUCAGGUGCUUCGGAUGUGGAAAUCAUGCUAAUUUCUUCCAUUGGUAAAGAUACUUAUACAAGACACAAUUCCUAACAAUAGUGGUUUAUAAUUUUAUACUUUUGUACAGAACACUGGUUAUAGAUUCAGUUUAAUUUUGUGUCCAAUCCUUGGGUUAGUUAACAUGUCUCUCAAAACAAUGAAAAAUUACCACUCAAAAGUAGUCAAUUAUCAAAUACUUCAAAUACUUUUUAAGCUACCCUAAAAGAAUCAUCAAAGGUGAAGAUGCACUAAUAUCUUUUGCACAAUACAAUAAGAGAUGUUUUCCCACAAAUCAUUGUCCUUUGAUAGCUUUUACCAUGGCAGUUAAGGUGAAGAGUCAUCCAACAAUUUGGAUACAGGCAAAAAAUAUUUUUAAAGUUUUGAAUUGCAUAAUCUUUGUAGCUUUUUAGUGAAUACCUCAAAUUUCUCUAUCAUUCCUGUAUAAAAGGAUGCAUUAUUGUUUAAGUUAAUUUAAUACUUGUAGCAUUUAAUUCCUUCUUAGAUGUAGAUGUCUUCAAAAUAGGUUGUAAGAACCACAGGGACCAGUUUUUUUUUCAAUAAUAAAAAAAAAAUAAUAUUUUUUUUACUGAUAUCUAACAUAUCAGUAAAAUAUUUUUGUAAACAGACAAUAAGAUACUGGCCCCUGAGGUAGCAACUCCCAUCAUUAACUACAUUUCAAUUUUGUUUGAUAUGCAUACAUAUGGAUCCAUAGUCAAGAAUGACUUUUGUUUACCAAUAUUUUCUAGAACAUAGACUUGUCUACUGGUAUAAAGAAAAGAGAUAUUAGAAAAUCUAAUAGCAAAUACCUAAUAUUUUCGGUACUUUUGUCCAGAUUUAUUUUGAAUUGCAUGUGCUUAAAGCAUAAAUAAAGCUUAUGUGCAAAAUAUUUUGUGGCUAUCACUAUAUUAGUAUUUGGUCAAAUCAGUAAAUUUAAAUUUGUCCUAAAUUCUUUUAGCUGUUUUAUAUGUUCAUUUUGAAGGUGAUACGUUAUUUUUCCAAUUAUAUUAUAAACUAAAAUCAUGUUUUGUUUUAUCUAAAAUUCAACAUUGAAGUCAACAUCUCAAAAGUGCUAUUUUGUUGUUCUUUAAAGGAAAUAAACAUAAUAAAAUUCUG